AUGGCCAACAACAUGAUCGACAACCUCAGUAAGUUUCUGCUGGAGUCGGCUAAACAGGUGGAGGAACAGGUGGAUGCAGAGUUGGCCAAACUCAAUGAAAUGGAUGACGAUGACUUUGAGAAAAUGAGGGAACGACGAUUAGAGGCGCUGAAGAAAGCUCAAAAACAGAAGCAGGAGUGGUUGUCCAAAGGACACGGAGAGUACCGCGAACUUCCCAGUGAGAAAGACUUCUUCAGCGAGGUCAAGGAGAGCAAAAAGGUUGUCUGCCAUUUCUACAGAAACUCCACCUUCAGAUGUAAGAUCAUGGACAAACACUUGGCUCUCCUGGCAAAGAAGCACGUCGAGACCAAAUUCAUCAAACUCAACGCAGAGCAGGCGCCCUUCCUGGCCGAGCGGCUGCGCAUCAAAGUCAUCCCCACCCUGGCGCUGCUCAUCGACGGCAAAUCCAAGGACUAUGUGGUCGGCUUCCGCGACCUGGGGAACACUGACGAGUUCAGCACCGAAAUGCUGGAAUGGCGACUGGGCUGCGCCGAUGUUAUUAACUACAGCGGUAACCUGAUGGAGCCACCCACUUCCACGCAGAAACCUCAUUCCAGGUUCACCAAAAUCGAAAAAAAGACCAUCAGAGGGCGAGGCUACGACACAGAUUCUGACGACGACGACUGA